AUGUAUUUCCUAUGGAAAAUUACCGUAAUGGUAUUAUGUAUAAAAUUUUCAUGUAGUUUUGUUUUGACACAUGAUGGGUUUUAUAAAUUGGAUAUCAUCCAUUUCAACGAUUUUCAUGCAAGGUUUGAAGAAACAUCACCCACUACCCCUAUUUGCCGCUUCAACAACGGCUCCUGCUUGGGAGGUUUCUCCCGCUUGUACACUGUGGUUACUGCCUUGAAAGAAAAGAAGCCACAGUCUAUUUUACUGAAUGCUGGUGACAGCUUCCAAGGCACCUAUUGGUACACACUAUUAAAGUGGCAAGUUACUCAAGAGUUCAUGAAUUUAUUACCUCAUGAUGCACAUGCAUUAGGUAACCAUGAUUUUGAUGAUGGUCCUACGGGUUUAGCUCCGUACAUCUCUGCACUCAACGCACCCGUUGUAGCCGCAAAUAUGGACUCUACCAGAGAACCGGUAUUACGUAAUCUUUACGAACCAUACGUAAUAUUACAAAGAGGAGGAAGAAAGAUUGGUGUUAUUGGUCUGAUUACACCGGAUACUAAGACUUUAUCAUUGACGGGUAAUGUUGAGUUCACUGACCCUUCGGAAGCGACGCGACGGGAAGCUAUUAAAUUGACGAAAAUGGGAGUCGAUAUUAUAGUUGUACUCUCACAUUGCGGAUAUGAUGUUGAUGUAGCACUGGCACGAGAACACGGGCAAUAUAUUGACGUGAUAGUCGGCGGUCACUCUCAUAGAGACGAAUCUUAUUUUAUACCCUACCUCUCGGUAGUCGAAGCAGAUCAGGAUACUAGCAAAAAGGUAGUAGUGGUGCAAGCGUUCGCUUUCACAAAGGCAGUAGGCGACCUCUCAGUUUACUUCGAUGUCAAUGGGGACGUAGCAAAAUGGGAGGGGGAACCAAUUUACUUGAAUAAUUCCAUACCGGAAGAUGAAGAAAUAAAGAAGAAAUUACAGCCAUAUGCUGAGUUAGUGCACACUGCUGAGAGAACACCUAUAGGUAUUAUAAAGUCUACACUCGAUUACCGAGACUGUGCGCGUGGAGAAUGCAUUGUCGGUGAUAUAUUGGUUGACGCAUUGAAUUAUUGGGCAAAGCAAUUUAUAAAGAGUAAACACGGAUAUAUCUCCUUCGUGCAGCGGACUAAUAUUAAUGCAAUCGUGCCUGCAGGAUUAAUAACAAAAGGAGCAUUAAUCGAUCUAUUCCCUUACUACGAUUUCGUGGAAACAUUUGAGAUGAAGGGAAAACAUAUUUUGAAGGCUUUAGAAAGGAGUGUUAGCGAACUAUCUUCUCUUAAACCACUAGAUGCACCUUGGUUACUUCAAAUAUCAGGUCUUCACGUGGUGUACAAUGUUUCAAAGGCUGAGGGAGAGCGGGUGAUAGACGCGUAUGUUGGCAGUUAUGGGGAAGGUCACCGUCUGAACAAGGAUGCAUACUACCAGGUCACUGCCCCAGCUUACUUGGCUGACGGCGGCGAUGGUUAUUUGGUAUUCAAGAAUGAAAAGCGACAUAUGAAAAUAAUUGGCCGCGAUCAAAUACUGCUUGAAAAAUACAUCAAGAAGUUUUCCCCUGUUACUGGGAAAAUUGAUGGUAGAAUAAAUAUUACUUUUUAAAUUUUA